GCGGGGAAGAGAAGUCGGCGCUGCCACCUCCGGCGACCUCAGCCAGGCGAUUUGUUUUGAGUGUUGGUUUUUAUUGGUGUUCGCCCUUUGCCAAAACGUGCUCGAUUGCAGAGACUUGGUGCCGCGAUAACCGCGCGCCCCAGACAGCCUAGGUGUAACCGGGAAAGUUCAGCCCAGGCCAGAUCAAAUCCCAGGCUGUUUAAUGCUGAAAGGCUGCAUGUUGCUAUUAGUGUUAAAUAUAUGGCUAAUUAUGCGUAUGAAAAUUAAACAUCAGUGUUAUGCUAAUGGGGCCGUCCUUCAGCUGUGGAUCAGAGCACUUGAGACUAGCAUUUAAUCAAAUGAAUCAGUAACUAAUACAUCUGCACGUGUGAACUUUCACGAGAUCAUUUUCCUGUUACAGCCACACCGCCGAAUUAUGAAAGAAAUAAUUAUCAACACUUUCUAAUUAUCUAACAAAGUAAUUUGGGAUUCAUCGGGGGCUUUCUGGGGAGGAUCUCCCAAGUCCCACCUCAUUCACCGCUCACGCGCGCGGAAGUUUCCAUUUCAAGCUCAGUGCCGCCGCUCGGGGCGAGCUUUGCUUCCUUGCAUUUGUUUUCCCGGAGCUCUUUUGCUUUUUUUUGUUUUUGCUUUUUUUCCCCCUCCCUUCGCCCCCUCCCAGACAAACAAUGACUGCCCGGCGAGCCGGAGGACCCCCGGCAAGGAGCGCGGAGCCGCUGCCCGGACCCCCGGCCCCACUUCGCCCGCGGGGCCCGGUGCCCGGGGGGGGGGGAGCACCCCGGCGGCCCCUCCCGGGUCGGCCCCGCGCCCCUCCGCGCCGGGGGGCGGAGAAGGGCGGGGGGAGGCGCCACGGCCCCCGCCUCGCCCGGGAUCCGCCGGAGCCGCUCGCCGGGGCCGGCCGGCGGGGCCGGGAGCGGCGGCGGGGCCGCGGGGCCGUCGGGGCCGUCGGGGCGUGCGGCCGGCGCUCGGGGCCGCGCGGCGCUGCGAGUCCGGCUCUCGGCGCUCACCGGGGUCCAGGCGAGCCCCGAGCGGCUCGGACCAAUCCAAAGCGAUUAUGCAAGACGGCGGACCAAUCAGCUCCGCCGUCUCAUGAAUAUUCAUAGGCUUGGCUGAGUCAAAGCUUUUAGGCGAGUUUGUGUAGAUCUCCAGCAUCAUGCUUAGACUUUUCAAAGAGACAAACUCCAUUUUCUUAUGAAUGGAAAGUGAAAAACCCUGUUCCGCUUAAAUUGGGUUCUUUCCUGUCCUGAGAAACACAACAGACCCCAAAAAGGCAAGCUGAAGAGAGAACACACACACAGACCAAGCGACAAGAAAUGACCAUGACUACCAUGCCAGAGAGUCUAAAUAGCCCCGUCUCAGGGAAGGCUGUCUUUAUGGAGUUUGGGCCGCCCAGCCAGCAAAUGUCUCCUUCUCCCAUGUCCCACGGACACUAUUCCAUGCACUGUUUACACUCCGCGGGCCACUCUCAGCCUGACAGCUCGUACAGCACAGCUUCGUCCUUCUCCCGACCGCUGGGCUACCCCUAUGUCAACUCGGUCAGCAGCCACUCGACCAACCCCUACAUCAGUUCAGUGCAGUCCUACCCCAACAGCUCCAGCCUGACUCAGACCCGGUUAGAGGAGACAGGGGCCGAAUCGGAGAAAAGCACUGUGGUAGAAGGAGGGGAAGUUCGCUUUAAUGGGAAAGGGAAAAAAAUCCGCAAACCCAGGACUAUUUAUUCCAGUUUGCAGCUGCAGGCUCUGAACAGGAGGUUCCAGCAAACUCAGUACCUGGCUCUCCCCGAAAGAGCCGAGCUCGCGGCCUCUCUGGGACUCACCCAGACCCAGGUGAAGAUCUGGUUCCAGAACAAGCGCUCCAAAUUCAAGAAGCUGAUGAAGCAGGGAGGGGCCGCCCUGGAGAGCAGCGCCCUGACCAACGGCAGGGCUCUCUCGGGCAGCUCGCCCCCGGUGCCCCCGGUGUGGAACACCACCUCCGCCUCUGGUAAGGCCUCGUCGGGGACCCCGGGCACCUACAUCCCCAGCUACACGUCGUGGUACCCUUCGGCCCACCAAGAAGCUAUGCAGCAGCCUCAGCUGAUGUGAUUUCACACCCGUCCAUCCCCUACCGCAAGCACUAUUGGUCCCCAAAAGAAUUAAAAUCAUCACGGAAAAAAAAAAAUGAAAUUAAGUAAAAGGAAAAAAAAUAAUAAAAAAGAGGGGGAAAGAGAAAGAGAGAGAGAAAAAAAGGAAGCAAACAAACAAACAGGAGGUCUCUGCCCAUAGAGCCGUUAGCACGCUGCGCUGUAGCUCGGUGCAGGAGGGCACAGAUGUGAUGCGGGCCGGUUCCCACCGCUGACAGCUGACGGAGCGGCCCCGAGCACCGCACAACAGCCUGGGAGCAGAGCGAGCGCCGGCCGCGGCUUUGUGGGACAAUCAGAAAAAUAUGUUUGUGGGGGGGAGCCCUCUCCUCUGUCCUGUCUGUCUGUCUGUGUCUGUUGAAAUGUAGGUCAGCUAUUUGCCACCCCGAUCUGACGGGCUCUGCGGUCGCAGGGGGGGAGCGAGCUGUACAAUUUCCAGAGCUUUUUUUCCUCUACGUUUUCUGUAACUCUCACUAUUCAUCUGUAUAUUUUUUGUUGUUGUUAAGAGGGGAAGAAAGGGAUUUUAUUUAUUGACUUAAAUUACCACUAUGAGAGUGCUAGAGACAAACGGACGACCCGGUUUGCUGAGCGCACGGUUCGGACGCACGGUUUACUUCGACCCAAAACCCCCGGCCCCGCAACCCGCCCCUCCGGGGGAAAAAACAAACAAACAAACAAAAAAACAAACAAAAUCCCCCCAAAAGAAGGAUGCGGUUUUUAACUUUUACAAAUAACUUUUCUACUUCGCUGGUGCGUGGAAAGCUUUGGUCCGAAUGCUUUGCGUUUUUCACCUCUCUGACAAAGGGAAGAGAUGCACAUUGUUUGAGACUGAAGGGGGACGGCGGCAGCUGCCGGCCGCUUUGCGGAGGCGAAGCGAGGCACCGGGGGCGCAAGGGGAGCCCCGAGGGCGGCGGGGGGGACCCGCGGCCCCGCACGGCCCCACACAGCCCCGCCGAGGCUUCCCCGCGGAAAGGCGGCCACAGCAGAGAUGCCCAAACCGACGUGCAGGAGCUACUCGCUGUACAUAUUUUAUUCUUUAUUAUUAUUAUUAUUAUUGUUCUGUAAACAUGUUGCACAAAUUUAGCCUUUUGUUUUGUUUUUUGUUUUGUUUCGUUCUUUUUUUUUUUUUUUAAUGAUUAUUUCCGUUCUGUUUCGUGUGGCUGUAAAACAUGAUGCUUUGUGUACUGAGAUCUUGACAUUUUACUUGUGAAACUCGGAAGAUGUGAUAAACUGAGCUCAGCUGUGUUUAGUGUUCUAUAUGUCAAAGUUUAGUUUUAUAUUGAGAAUGUUAACUUAUUGCUUUGUAUCUGGGGAAGGAAAGGAAAAAAAAAAACACACAACAAAUCUUUGUACAUAAGUUAUAAAGUUUCUUUGAGACAGUAAAAUUAUGGUUUGGAAAAA